CUGACCUCGUAACUGUUAUUAAAUAGAUAAACAAAUGUUUAUCUGUCCGUCCAUCGCUGUCUAUGCGCGCACUCAGGUCCAGCGGGCACACGCCUAGGUGACGUCAGUGGUGUGAAGAAGAUGGCGGCGCUCGUGAAGGCGGAAGUGUUGCAGUUUAGUCCUCCCUGGAUCGUGUGACUGCCCUCUGCAGGCUGGAGGAGUUAGUGAACGUCACCAUGAACAACAAGGACACCACGACAGAGUCUGAGACCAGCGGUCAGAUGAAAGUGUUUUUGCCCAAUAAGCUGUUGGAGUGUUUGCCUCGAACGACGACUUUACCCAAAGAGAGACUGCGCUGGAACACAAAUGAGGAAAUUGCAUCCUUCCUGAUUUCUUUUGACAGACAUGAUGAGUGGCUGUCCUGCAGCCUUAAGACCAGGCCACAGAACGGUUCAAUCAUCCUGUACAAUCGCAAGAAGGUAAAAUACCGGAAAGAUGGAUAUUGCUGGAAGAAGAGAAAAGACGGAAAGACGACAAGAGAGGAUCACAUGAAACUGAAGGUUCAGGGCAUGGAGUGUCUUUACGGUUGUUAUGUUCAUUCCUCCAUCGUCCCAACAUUCCACAGGAGAUGCUAUUGGCUGCUGCAGAACCCAGACAUCGUGCUUGUGCACUACCUGAACGUGCCGUCGCUGGAGGACAGUGUGAAGUCAUGUGGUCCGGUGUCCUGUGCUCUGACCGACCGGCGGGACAGUCUGCGCUGGAGCCGUGAUGAACUGCUGUCGCAACUCAAACCCAUGUUCCACAGUAUGAAAUGGUCUUGUGGAGGCAACGGCGCCGUGGAUCUCUCUGUGGAACAGAUGGUGCAACAGAUCCUGGAAACCCAACAGACCAAACCACAACCACGAACACACACCUGCCUCUGCGCAUCUCCCGGAUCCAACAUUCCUCACCGCUGCAACAGUACAAAACAUCGCAUCAUCUCCCCCAAACUGCCCGCCCCUUACCCCGCCCUCACGGAGCUGCAGAAUCUGGCCAAUGAGGGCUCAGGAGCAGAGGUCGGGCGAGAGACGGGGCCAGGCGAUGGUUUGGUUGCUGUCGUGCCUUCAGAGAGGAAGCAGCCGUCCGGUUCGCCAGAAGAUGGUGGGCGGGUCGAGGACAUGGUGGGCGUGGCUUCACCUUGCUCCGCCUCUUCCUCGUCCUCUUCGAGUCCACCCCAAACGCAGCGAGCAGCGACAAUCUCUCUGAGCAACGGAAAUGGAUUCCAGCGGGGCGGAUUAGCAGCGGUGGCGCUGCCGCAGAACGCGGUCAUCGUGAUGACGACAGCGGCGCCAGUGGGGCGUGGAUGUGGCGAGGAGUCCAACGGCGAACUCGGCUCCACCCGACUGUCGCUCACUCGUGCCGGUGGACGGUUAGUUUUGUCUCCUGUCCCACCCAAACAAGACACGUCCUCCCCGCCAAGCUCCGCCUCUCCACCGAGCCCUGUCCCACCAAAUCAGGGCGUGGCCACGCUGUCACUCACUCUACUGCCCAGCCCUGUGAUUGGAGGACUGCUGCUGACUGACCGCAUUGUCCCAGAAGCCCCCGGGACGCUCCUGCACCCGUCGUCCCCGUCGCCCUCGCUGCUUCCGUUCGAUCCCGAUUCCUUCCUCAACAGCCCCAAACAGGGCCAGACCUACGGAGGCCCCGCCCUCACGCCCCACUCUGUCUCCGCCUCUUCCUCCCCGUCUCCGCCUCCUUCCACAUCUCCUCAGCCUCCAUCUCUCGCUCUGUCUCUUUCUCCCACUUCUCCCCCGUCGUCUCUGUCUUCCCUCUCUUCUGAGACGGAGAGGAAGAGUAUUCCAGGUCGUCCCGCCUCCAGUCCUGCCUCCGUCUCGCUUUCGCUCUCUCCGACGCGAACGACUCCUGCGCUGCUUCCGAUGUAUCUGGAGACGUCUUUAGGACUCGAUUCGUUGAGCCCCUCACUGUCUGUCCCGUCCACAGAUGCCAGAGCUCCGCCUACCGGAUUCGAUGUUCAAGCCACGCCCGGUCAUCUACUGACCAAUCAGCUCUCUCCUUCCCAGCACGUCAGCAACCAACUGGCAGCCACCAACACGACGACUGACGACGUGUUGCCGACCAAUCAGGAAGGAGAAAAGGCGGAGCUUAGGCAGUCCCAGCUUCAAGUGCAAUCCUGUCUUUUAGCAACACACUCCAUGUGCAUUCAACCUCAGAAUCUGACCCCGCCCCCAACCACGCCCACAAAUGUGAGUCCCAUACAGGUUAAGGAGGAGCAGUCUCCGCCCACUCACUUAGAAUCAGACGUAACACCCAUGGACACCACCCACUGCGCCCAUAUGGACAGCGAGGAGGCGGGGCUUACGUUUGACUCCACCUUCCCUGACCUAAUAUCUGAGCUGAUUACAGACGAGACCGUUAACCACUCCCCCGCCCCAGCUCCGCCCAUUUACCCCGUCAGGUACAUGGUUCCACCUCAGCCGACUCCGUCCACCUCGUUCCUACCCUUCCCGCUCCUUACAAACGCGCAUUCACUCGCUUCCGGCGGCGCUCCGGAGGAAUCCCAGCGGUUGGCCAACAUCACGGACUUCUCACCGGAAUGGUCGUACCCGGAGGGAGGAGUCAAGGUGCUGAUCACAGGCCCGUGGUCAGAGACAGACAGCCGAUACUCAUGUGUGUUCGAUCAGAGCCGAGUUCCUGCUUCUCUCAUUCAGCCGGGCGUCCUGCGCUGCUAUUGUCCAGCUCAUGAAGCGGGUCUUGUCGCUCUGCACGUGUUGAUGGACUCCAGUACCGUCUCCUCAUCUGUGCUGUUUGAGUAUCGCGCUCGCAACGCCUCGUCCUUACCGAGCUCACAGCUGGACUGGUUAUCACUGGAUGAUAACCAGUUCAGGAUGUCGAUUCUGGAGCGUCUGGAGCAGAUGGAGCGGCGAAUGGCAGAGAUGUCAAAUAACAAUCAACAGCAUCAACAUAUGAAUCACUAUCAUCAGCAGCUGUCGCGAAAUCAGAGCUCUGCUCCACGCUUGACUCCCGAAAACCAGUCGGGGCUUUGGUUUGAGCGCAGGAUUGUAGCCGUGUGUGAGCGGAUGAUGGCCGGAGGACGGUGGGGACGAGACGGCGAGACAGACAGACUCACACACUCCGUCAGACACCGAGGAAUGACGCUUCUGCACCUCGCCGCCGCUCAGGGAUAUACACAGCUCAUACACACACUCAUACGCUGGAGGAGUAUCAGUGUGAACAGUUUGGAUCUGGAACAGGAAGUGGAUCCUCUAAACGUUGAUCAUUUCUCCUGCACACCUCUGAUGUGGGCGUGCGCUCUGGGUCAUCAGGCGGCAGCGGUGUUGCUGUACCGCUGGAGCAGCGCGGCUCUGGGAAUCCCUGACUCUCUGGGUCGUCUGCCUCUGGCCGUGGCUCAUUCACGCGGACACACACGGCUGGCACGCUGUCUGGAGGAGUUACACACACACUCUCAGACACAAGAACACACACCUGACACGGCCUCGCCUCCGUACCGGCCCCUGUCUCCACUGUCCAGCAGCCCAGACACAGGUUUGAGUUCGUCCAGCAGUAUCCCCUCCCCCAGUGACCCGCCCUCACCCUCCCCCAGCUCCGCCUACUCCAGUGGUUCAGUUCCUGACCCCAUGGACUCCGCCUCUUCUCCCUCCUCCCCGUUCUCGGUCCCACCCCCUACCGGUUCCACCGAUUCACUCUUCCUCAUGGACUGUGAGGCUGCGAGUCCCUCCACACCGGCUGUCUCGCACACGGACGCAGUAGCACUUCACUCUGAGCUUGCCGACGAGCUGCUCGACUACAGCGAGAAUGCCGAGAACGAGGAUUACCUGUCUGACGAAGUCUUACAGGUUGACAUGGCAACUCUUGCCGAGCAGAUCAUCGAGGCCACACCUGAGCGAAUCAAACAGGAGGAGUUUAACCGGGAGGCGGAGUCACCGCUCAGAGAGAGGCGGGACAAUCCUGCCAUUCAUGACACCAUGCCUUGGCUUGCAACAUACCUCGACACUGUGGACAGGAACCUGUGUCCCACCCCUCCCUCCCUUCUCAGUGAUUUGGCACUGCAGAGGCUCCGCCCCCCAAGCAGCGUGGCAUGGGCGGAGUUUCUGAACGCCUCAGCUAAUGGAAGGAUGGAGAGAGAUUUCGCCCUGCUGACGCUGACAGACACAGAGCAGAGAGAGCUGUAUGAGGCGGCGCGCGUCAUCCAGAACGCCUUCCGCAGAUACAAGGGGCGGAGACUAAAGGAGCAGCAGGAUAUGGCCGCAGCUGUGAUACAGCGCUGUUACCGCAAAUAUAAACAGCUAACAUGGAUAGCACUGAAGUACGCCUUAUAUAAGAAGAUGACGCAGGCGGCCAUACUGAUUCAGAGUAAGUUUCGCAGUUAUUACGAGCAGAAGAAGUUCCAGCAGUCACGGCGGGCGGCCGUCCUCAUCCAGCAGUACUACCGCAGCUAUAAAGAGUACGAGCGCGUCAAGCAGGGGCCGCGCGGCCCCGGGACCCUCAACACCAAGAUCAAAGGCUCUUUCCUGACCAAGAAACAGGAUCAGGCUGCGAGGAAGAUCAUGCGCUUCCUCAGACGCUGCAGACACAGGAUUAAGGAGCUGAAACAGAGUAAAGAGCUGGAGCACAGAGGACUGACCACCUGACCACACACACACACACACACACACACACACACUCUUUCAGUCAUGUUUACAGUCGUCCGCUCAGAUACACUCCUGCCAUCACUUGCUUUACACACUCUUGUCAAAACUACUGCAGGAUUUGAUUGAUUCAGAGAGAAAAGAUGGAAAGAUUGAGCUGCAUUAUUAGCAGGAGAAAAUGAGAGCUUGUGUCCAUCAUGGAAUAAAAAGUAAGAAAGGUAAUCGCAACUUUUUAUCUCACAAAGACUUUUUUUCUUGCAAUUGCAAGUUUACAUUUCAGAAUUGCAGGAAAUAAAGUCGAGUUGAAAGAUACAAACUUGGAAUCGAGAGUAAAAAAGUCAGAAUUGCGGGAUAAAGUUAUGAUUACCUUUUUAAUUGCAAGUUUAUAUCUCACAAUUCUGCCUUUUUCUCUCAAUUCUGAGUUUAUAUCAAUUCUGAGAAAAAUGAAAUUGCACAAAAAAAGUCUGAAUAGUGAGUUAUAAACUCAAAGUUGAGAGUUAUAAAUUCUGAAUUGCGAUGUAUAAACAUUUCUGAGGGGAAAAAAGUCAGAAUUGCAGUUGUCAGAAGUUGCAAUUACCUUUUUUAUUUUUAUUUUUUUAUUCCAUGGCGGAAACAAGUUCUAUAGUAAAAGGGCAGACAGACACACAGUCAGACGUUUUUCUUUGGUUGCUUCUUUCCAGUCGUUGCUGCAACACUAAAGUUCACGUUCAGCUUUACUGAAUGUUUGGAAUGUUUUUAUGUAUUAAUGGAUCUCUAUAUAAAUGUAUACAGUAUAUACGCUCAUAUAUAUGGUCAUAAACACAGAGUUGAUUGUGUUGGAUAUGAAUUUAUUUAUUGAUCUCUUGGAGAUAUAUUUUAUAAACACUCAAUGUUGCGCCUCAGAACAGAGAACCACAGGAAAAAAAAAAACGACGCUGAGUUCAUGUCGAUAUCCAAAGUCUUAAAUCGUAGUUGUCAUGGUAACACAGGGCUGAAAAGUAACGUUGCCUAGUGACGAUCUCGCGCAAGUUCACGACGCGAGAAAUACGAUAACGAAACCUUCACUGAAGGUGCCUCAUUAUAGUCAACGGUUUGUGUUAAAUAUCAGUACUGUUUAUGUUCAUUAAAUUUAAUGAAUAUAAUAGUACAGAAAAUAAAAAAAUUCAGCACUUUCAGCAUAAUGUCACAAAAAAAUCGCUUUAACUCGCUCCAAACUUAAUUUGUAAAUAAUAAAACAAGUGAUAAAAUCACUUACUGACCUCUGUUGUGUUCGUGUAACAUUCAGACGAUAUGAAGGGAAUGUUUUAGAUUCAACAGACAGCAAUUAUGGGAUGUUCCAGAAACUAUGGAAAUAAAAAAUGUAAUUGUGACUUUAUACCUCACAAUUCUGAGGGAAAAAAUGCUAGUUAUAAGUCUGAAUUGCGAGAUUAAAAACUCGCAAAUACAUUUUUAUAUUUUAUUCCGUAAGAGUUUUUGGAAUCCCUCUGAAUUAUUUAUCUGUGGUGACGCCAGCAGAAUAGAUACUGCUGAUAAAGCUUUUAUCGACUUUCGUAAGACUUUUAUUUUGACGCGUGUUUUCAAACCCCAUUUUCAUUUCUGAAAACUCCUGGUUCUGAUUGGAUACGUGAUCUCCGCCCCCGUAUGUGUGCGUGAAACGCGUUACAGACGCACUAGGCAUCGUUUGACGAGGAAAAUGUCGCGAUUCUAUUUAAUGGCUAUUUUUGAAUGUGCCUUGAGGUGUUUUUAACUAAAUUAACUGCGUCAUUGAAGAACUGGUUGGUUCUCCAUCUUGAUUCAGACCUUUAUGCAUUAGUCUGUAAAUAUUGUACAGUAUAAAGAACUGGUGAAAAUAUAUUUAAGAAUGAAUACAUUUGCUUCUGCCUGAUAAAAUGUUUAAUUUAUUCUCUGUACUGAUUGCUGAUAUGCACGGUUAUAUUUACACGAUGAGAUUUUUUCAGCAUGUUUUUGCUUGCUGGUGUUUAUGUUUGCAUGAGUUCAUGUUUGCUUUGUUCAUAUUUCCACUCACAGGCCUUUACUACUGCUGAUGCUUAUUUAUGAAUAUAGAUUUAUGGACAUGUUUGAAUUGAUUUCUACUGUAAAUUCAUUCUGGCAUUUAGAUAUUUGUUCAGGCUGUUUUACUGUUUCGUAACAUUUCAUUAAAUUCUUCAAAUUCAA